AAAUUUCUCAAAUUUUCGCUCAGCAUCAACAAGUGGAGACAUUCCGUGCUACGCCAAAUAGUUGAAAGAGAAUACAACCUAAAGGAAUAGAAAAUAGUAAUAAUUAUUAUAGUAUUAUAAUAGUAAAAGAAAGAUGGCAAAGGAAGGUGAAGGUGAUGAUAGAUGGAUUGUAAACGACCUUGGUGUGACUGGUAGAAAUGUCGGAAGAUGGCAUUGGACUGAUGAAGAUGUCUUACCUUGGUGUAAGGAUCAAUUAAAAUCACUCCUGAAGAAGGUUGAAUGUUACUCUGAAGGUAAUAUGAAGAUUACCACAACAACUGUUAGCCAUGUAAAAGGUGAAGCCUCUGUAAUGAAUCGUAAACGUAAACUAAUUUCAAUCUUUGAGUUGGAUGUUGAAAUUGGAUGGAGUGGUUAUAUUCUAUUGGGAGAAGCCUCUGAUUUGUCUGAUACUGAUUCCGAAAAGUGUAUUGUGGCAAAGGGUAAAAUUAAAAUCCCUUAUCUCUCUCAAGAAAUUGAUCAAGGAGAAAGUUUUGAAAUUAAUGUAGAUUUGGACACUAGUUGCAAGAAGAAUGAACAUAAAGUCAUAAAGGAAACACUCAGAACUAAAGGAUUGGAAACAAUCAAAACAAUUGUGAAUAAGUUUUUGCUUACUCUCAGAGAUGGAGCCAACAUUAGAGAAAAAUAUCAACUCUGGGAACAACAAGAGCAAGAAAUUGUAAAGAAAGUUAAUAGUUCAAAUAAUUUAUCUGAAUCAGGAUCCACUAGUAAUAGAAAUGUAACUGAAUCUAUUGUUGGAAUUGGAGGUGCUCAUGUUAAGGAAGAUCAAAAGAAGAAGGUUGAAAUUCACAUUACUGAAAGAUUUGUUGGAGCACCACUUCCAAAGAUUUUUGAAAUGCUCACUGAACCAAAUAUUAUUUCUCAUUACACUCAAAGUCGGGCUGAGAGUGACAAGAGAGCUGGAGGUAAAUUCUCCCUCUUUGGUGGAAAGGUUAGAGGUGAAUUUAUCGAGUUUAUUCCAAAUGAAAAGAUUGUACAAAAGUGGCGAUUUGAAGAUUGGCCAGAAAAUGACUAUUCCACUGUGACAAUUUCAUUUGAAAAUAGAGGAGGUGGUGAAACUAUCGUAAAGCUUGACCAGGUUGGUAUUCCAUACAAGGAUUCUAAUGGUUAUUUCGUUAAGGAAAAGGUACAAAGUGGGUGGGAGACCAACUUUUUCCAACGUUUAAAGGUUUUAACUGGUCAAGUAAUUGGUUCCAGUGGUUUUUAAAUAUCAAGUUAUGGUGAAUAAAUUCUUGAAACCAAUUU